AUGUUCUGCGAUCCGAACCUCAAUCGGCAUUCAGCAGAUGCAGUGGCACAAAUUGCAUCACAAAGGUGUUCGUGGAACUACAUCUCAGAACAGGAAGAUGCCUCCCCCGCUGUCAACGGCGGGACGAAUGGGUUGGUGAACAAUCAUCCUGAGCCAGAGCCGGGUGUGCGAGCUCGCGCCAUCGAAUUUGAAUGCCGCCAGUCUCUUCCUGGCCAUAUCCUUGGCCGGUUGAAGAGGAGACCGGUGCCUUCCAUUUCAGACUAUGCCUGCAUACGAGGACGUGUCAUCAGACAGAUCCCCAGCAGCUCGGUUGCCGUCCUCGAGGUGAUCACGGACGAUGCAGACGCGCUCGCGGGCAGCGACGUGGUGUCGAGAGACCCAUCAAGGCCACAGCACAAUACCCGGCAGGGCCCCCAGCGACUGAUCCUGAAGUACUAUCCGGCGGCGGAGAUCACUCGUGACCCACGACGAACCGGUCGGGACUUUGCCCCCCUUUUUUUCAAUGAGGUCAAUGCAUAUGCCCAGGCGAGGGUCGCACAGGGAACAGUCCUGCCAUACGUGUGCGGAGUGUACGAGGACGCAAGUGCCGCUGUCGUGACGGGCUUAUAUCUUGUCAUGGAAUAUCUUGCACACUCGACAACACUGAAAGACAUGGACAGCCGUCUCAGAUCAAGUUCGGCGUCCGUCCUCCGCGAGAAAACUGCGUUUGCGUUGAAGGCAUUGCAUUCCUGCGACAUCUCACACGGCAGCAUGAAGAGCAACCAAUUGCUCAUUUGUGCCGAUUCUCAUGGCCAGAAUGAGUCUUCUGCAAUUUCAGCUAGAGACGAUUGGUUCGUUGUCAUCGUUGACUUACAGUACGCUAGGUUUCACCGCGAUAAGCACGAGCUGGAUUCUGCAGCUGAACUUGACCGGCUUGCCCUGCGAGAAGCGUUUUCCUACUGUGGGUGCAAAUCUGAAGAAGACGACUCUGACGAAGCGUAUCAACAAUUUGUCAGGGAGCGCCAGUCGUUCAUGGGUUAUUGCUGA